CAGCACCAGCACCAGAAUCAGAUCAUCACGCGCAGGCCAGCCAGGAGUACGCACACGCACUAGAGCGCGCGCGCACGCACGCCACGUACUGGUGAACGGAACGGGCACAGCACGACGCGCAGGAUGAGCUUGUCGCCGGCGCCGGAGGAGAGCUACGCGAGGCUCGGCACAGGCUUCGGCUUCGGCCGGAGGUGGCGGCGGACGAGGGGGUUCCGGCUCGGCGCGAGGAACCGGUUCUCGGUGCGGCGGCUGCGGGCCAAGCUGCUCACGUUCCUGGGCCUCGUCGGCCGCCACGCGCGCCACCUCGCCAGGAGGCUCUCCAGGAGAGGCGGCGGCUCCUGCCCGCGGAGCGGCAGCGCGAGGACGCUCGUGGGCGGGAGCGGGUCGCAGCGGUGGUGCCCCCCGGGCGGCGAGGCGGCGCCCAGCAAGCACAAGCCGCAGCAGCAGACGCCGAGGAGGGCGGCGUCGUUCAUGCGGACCAACUCCUUCUACGCGCAGGCCAUCGCCGAGUGCCUCGAGUUCAUCAAGCGCAACUCCGUGCCGGUGGAGGACUACGGCAGCGCCGUCGUCGCCCGCGGCGGCGCCGCCGUCGGGAGAUAGACCUCAUCCCAUCGAUCGGGACUCCGUUUGGAUCGCGUUACUAGCUGGAACAAAUGUGUGUACGCACGUCCCGGUCUCCCGGGCCGUCGAUGGAGUCUCGACAUGUGAAACUAGCGUAGAGUAUACUGAUACGUACAGUGACGGAGUACAGAGGUGUAAACACGUUGUGAAAUCUGAGUUGCGUAUGUUGAAAUUUUUGCGGGGCUGUGAUUACUUGGCCGGUGCACGAUCGCACUAGUUCUUCAACUUCUUGUGCAUUUCCAGACGUGAUAAUAGUAGACUUUCUGCGUGAGGCUGUUCCAGAGCCACGACUGAGGUCUGACUGUCUCAUGGAUUCUACUACACGAUAGAGAAUGACGGGUCAGGAAUUACCAUCACAAAAAGAAAAGGAAAAAGAUCGAUGAAUAUUCAAAGAUGUAUUGCUCAGAGUGUAUAUGCAAUGAAGAUACGUACGAUCGCUGCGAGUAGUUCCCUACUAUACUUCUUUGUGGA